GAGCAAAAAGUUGCAAUCAAAGUGUAGAACUAUAAAACUACUACUACUACUACUACUACUACUACUACUACUACUACUACUACUACUACUGCUACUACAACUCUUACAAGAACCUAUAGAGACAUUCUAGUGCAACAGGUCUGUGGACAGAGAGGGACAUGUCCAAACCAUCGUCCAACGUCAAAGCCCUGCAGGCUAAUUUGAACAUCCCGAUGGGGGCGCUGCGUCCGGGGGCGGGACAUCCUGUUCGGAAGAAAGAGGAGACAACAGACACGCCAGAAGAGCAGCCCCCUCCACCUUCAGAAGAGCCCCCCGCUGAAGCCGAGACGCCGGAGGAGAAGAAGGUGUUGCCGGGGGCAGUGAAGCUCCCAGGUCCCGCUGUAAAUCUGUCAGAGCUCCAGAACGUGAAGAGCGAGCUCAGAUACGUCACCAAGGACUAACACACCCUUUAUAGAGACUCAGAGGAAAAUAAACUUCACCGAGACUGGAGCACUGCCACUGAAGCAAAGCCCACUCCAGCCCGUGAUGUGACCUCGCACCUCGAGAAUCUACAGGAGAACUAUACGCGAGCUAAAGACAUUCAACGAUAUCACACACGUUCAGCAAAACCUUCUUCCAUUUCUUUUUGUACAAUUUAAUAACAGAAUUACAUGUAUUUAUUGGAUGUUUUCAGAUCGUAACUCCAGAUAUUCUUGUUAAACUCGUUUUGUAGAUAACGGAGCUCAACAGUGAUCGCCCACCUCCAGGUUUUGGGAAUAAAUUUCUUAAUAAAUUUUCCCCACAGACUUUCUGAAAAAAAAAAAAAAAGAAAAAAUUUAUGUUUGAAAGCUUGCUCACGGCUAAUCAGCUAUAAGUUAACUAAUGACCACAAGACUUACAAUUUAAUUUAAUUAUGUUUAAUCUAUGUUUGAAAUGUUGCAAAAUUAUUAAAGCAUUUCAAAGAAUCUUGUGUUUUUAAGUGCUUUUUAAACUUAAAAUAAAUAUGUUAUGGAUAUUAAUUAGCAUUUAGCUGUUCAGCCAUCUUUGAACUAAUAUUUUAAUUUGGAAAGUCUAUGGGAAAAAAGAAUGGAAAAUCUACUUUUGGAACUGGAGCAGGAGGUCACUGUUGAGCUCAAUGGGCUUCGUCAUAAAAAAAUUAAUUCUAUAUUUCAGCUUCUAAAAUACCAAAUAGUAAGUAACAAAGCAAUGUCCCUUUAAAGGUGCACUGUGCAACAUUUCCGGUGGAAGGUCUGCCAUCUGCUUGUCUCCACGGUGACGUUAUUGCUUUGCCUGAUGUUCCACAGUAUGGCGUUAGUAUGGCAAAUAUAUCUUGUACUUAUUCAGUUAUAGGAGUUUUUAAUUCUCAAAUCUCCCACAAAAACAUGCAAGAUCAACACGCAGUUAAGCAGGUGGUGGACUCUCUACCGGAAAAGUUACACAGUGCAUCUUUAAGUGUGGUCAACAUGUAAUCUGAAAGCAAACCAACAGGCUUCAAAUUGUAAGUCCUGACACAUGACUAUACAGAUACAGCUCUUUGUGUAAAAUGAAUGGAUUUGUAAUAUGCUGCUCACGUUCAAAGGGAAGGUCAGCGUUUUGGCGAAGGAAUAUUUUUGUGAUUAUUUUUGAGUUGAAAUAAAUUAUUAUGGUUUUAACUAAA